AUGGAGGCGGAGAAUACUCAUCUUCGUGAGACUGCCAAGUCCUUGACUAAACAGCUUGAUAAAGCAAAAAGGCUAGCAGCUGAAGCUCAAAAAGAAGCCGCAGACUUGAAGAAAGAGCUGAGUCUGCUGAAGUGGGAGAUGGAGAAGAAGGAACGAUUGAAGCUUGAAGCUCAGGCCCAGGUUCUGCCGACAUGUCUGUCGACCGUACCAACAGGCUUCGAGUGGACUCUAUGUCGGAUACCCUCUCUUUUGUCGUGGACUCCAGUGAGCAAAUUCAGGAGCUCUAGAAGAAGACCAAGGGAGCCUUGUCAAAAAAAGCUUGGGAGUUCGGAUGGAACGUCGAUAUGCAUAGUAGCAGCAGCGGUCACACUAGCCAGCAGUAUCCAGAAUUUCAAGGUGUUUCUAUCAGGUGCUGAUGUUUUUACCAACAAAGAAGUAAGUGAGGUGGUAACUGGCACAAUGGAGAUUGCCAUGUCCGCCUUGUGCUGUCCCUAUAUAAUUGUGACACAGCGCGAGCCUGUUUCCAAUCUGCCGCCAACACCUGCUGCGCUUACCCUAUUGAAGUCGUGGGUCACAUCUCGUCCUCACGCCCGGAUUUUCAUUGACACAACCAUCCUUGUGGUACUAUCUUAUCUGAUAUUAGUUGACAUCAACUUGAGCUUCCUCUGGCUGGCCAUCUUUCCCCUAAUGGCCAUUGUUUUCGUACGAGCGCUCUACAUCAAGUUCAGUCGCCGUAAUAGCGGGGUCCGUGGAAAACAUAAUUCAGGAUCUUCUAACGCCGUCGAGAAGACCAACAGGAAAACUAUGGAGCUUAAGUUCAUAGUGAUGGUGACGCUCGGGGCGCUAUUUGUGAUGGACCAGCUUCCAGACCAUGUAUCCGAGGGGUUCGCUAUCUCCCAGUUCCUCCUGUUCCUAAGCACCACGGUGGCGGCCCUGACACGCAUGAUGGCGAAGCUGCCCGCCGGUCCCUCCUUACCUGGCAUAGAACCAGCAUCGGAGAUGCUCCACAAGUCCUUGCUUGUCCUCCUGCUGGUGACGGCGCACACGGUGGCCGCAGAGUGGCUGGGCGAGGAUGUUGUUCUGGUCUGCUUGCCGGAGAUUAUCCCCGUGCUUCUCUGGUUCAGCCUUCACGUCGACCGUAAACCAGGCAGCAGCUCCAUUAUAAGCGUUGACAGGAUGAAGCUAGGCCAAAAGUCGCUCGUCUUCCUCGCUGCAAUUUUGGUACUGGUGGCUGUUUUUUUCACCUACCUGGCAAUGUCCAUGGAUGAAUCUGGGCUCACCAGCUGCUGUACGACAUUCCUGGUGUCCUAUGGCGUCUCAGGGAUUCUUACCAGCUUCCUUGAGUUCAUGCUGAGCAGCUGGCGGAGGCACAAAGUACCAGAUGUGGCUUCUGGCAUGCUCAAAGUCUGGGCAAUUUCUUUACUGAUUACGGCGGCCGCGGCUCUGCUUCUCAGGUGUAUGCUUCUUGUUCGGCUUGGUCUACAAUUACCACUGCAUGCAGUUUGGCUCUGGUAA